AUGGCUUCACCCUACAUCGGUUCUCUGUUAGACUCCGGGAAACAAACUGACGUUAUCUUCAUGGACAUGUCAAAAGCGUUCGACAAGGUCAGUCAUACUGCUCUUGUUAACAAACUUUCAAACUACGGUAUUAGAGGGUCUCUGCUUAAUUGAUUUUCACACUAUCUACAUGGCCGCCAACAACGUGUAACUACUCUCGGUGCAACGCCUUCUAAAAAACCAGUUUCUUCGGGAGUGCCUCAAGGCAGUAUUUUAGGGCCAAUUCUAUUCCUCCUCUACGUUAAUGAUCUUCCUGAUGCUGUUGACAACUCAAAAGUGGCUUGCUUCGCUGACGACACCAAGAUCUUCCGUUGCGUCGACUCUAUCUCCGAUGCUGCACCCCUCCAAAGCGAUCUGAGUAACUUAGAAAAUUGGUCUACAUCCAGUGGUCUCGUCUUCAACCAGCUCAAAUGCAAGUGUCUGCGCGUGACUAGGAAAAUCCAGCCUACUACUUAUCCAUAUAAGAUCAAGGAUAAGGAACUCACAACAACGUCGGUUCAGAAGGACUUAGGAAUUUGGGUUGCCAGUGAUCUCACAUGGACCAAGCAUGUCUUAGAACGUUGUGCGAAAGCCAACAAACUGCUUGGUUUCGUGAGGAGAAGCGCUGGAGAAAUAUUCAACUCACGGACCCGCCGGAAACUGUAUCUCUCAGUUGUCCGCCCGGUUUUUGGCUACGCAAGUCAAGUAUGA